AAUGGAGGGGGUGGUUUUGGGAGGUGGGGGGUCGUCUACAUACAUAUUAGUCACUACAAUGUGAAUGAAGUGAGUUACAAAUGGUGAUAGGACAGUUUCACCGACUACACCCACCGACACCCAGACCUACCACACCCAGCGUUAGCAGGCGGUGGGAAUUAUCGCCGUUUGUUCGACUGUCAGUAAAAACGUAUAACUUAAAAGGUAAAGGAGUCUCAGCGUUCAGUCAGACGGAAGGCGGUAGAAGGUCAGACGCUCCUCCACUCAGCUCGGACUCUAACAGCGGGCGUGUUAGAUACCUCCCACCUGUAGGACACCAGGAAGCGAAGCCAUUAGGUUUUGCUGGCAGGUGCAAAAUUCAUGACAAAAUUCCAGUCAGACUUGAAAUGUUAAGCCGCUACAGGCUGUCAGGGAGAGCAGUAUGAGGCUUGGCGCAGGACCACUAACAUCCUAACACCGAAACUCCUGUGAUUCCUCCGGUGGCGAAUUGAUCUGUUUGAAAGAACUGAGGACACUUUUUGCUGUUGGAUACCUCUUCGAGCGACUUUUAGCAACUUUAGUCAUGUCUCUGGGAUCAGGAAUUAUUCCGGACGAGUCCGUUUUCGCUGAAUUGAGAAGACAGUGCAUGUCGACAGAGAACUGGCAAAACAAAUACAAUAAGAACGGAAUGGAGGUGUGGGUCGAGGUGCCCCCCUCAAUAAAUUCACAAGGAAACAAAACCAGCCUCUCUAAAGUGCACAAAGUCAAGUGUAAAAUUGCCAUUAGUGAUGUGUCAGCUGCCACAAUGUAUGAUGUUCUUCACGACAACAAGUAUCGAAAAACGUGGGACCCUGCUAUGCUUGAGAGCUUUGAAAUAGCUCGGGUUGCACCCAACGCAGACGUGGGCUACUAUUCAUGGCUGUGUCCUAAGCCACUGAAAAACAGAGAUGUGAUUACCCUGCGUUCUUGGCAGACAUCUGAAGAUGAAUACAUCAUUGUGAAUUACUCUGUCAAGCAUCCGAAAUACCCGCCACGAAAAGACCUGGUAAGGGCAGUCUCUAUUCUGACGGGUUACUUGAUGAAACCAACCGGACCUAACAGCUGCUCUUUCACCUACGUCUCACAAGCUGAUCCUAAGGGUUCUCUACCCAAGUGGGCAGUCAACAAGGCAUCUCAGAUCCUGGCUCCCAAAGUUAUGAAAAGCGUGCACAAGGCAGGUCAGAACUACCCUGCAUGGAAGGCACUGAACUCUCCAGAACACAAGCCCUGGCUAUACCCCAUACAGAGUGAACUGCCCAUGAUGAAUCCAGCAGAACUGACCCUGCAACAUGGAGAUUCACUGGAGAAUGUGGAUGAGAGUUCAACCUGGGACGCACAGGAAAAUGAGGACAGUAGUUGAAGCAUGGCAAAGUAUGAUGACAAGAUGGACUCUUCCCUUUUACACCCCAUUCCUGACCAGUUUGUUUGUUCUCUUCCUACUAUGUACCUGAUCCCCUUUGCUGGAACUGAAGUGUUUAUAGCCACUGCCAUCUGUGGCACAUAUGAAGUGACUUAUGCGUUUCCCAUAUUUUAUACAGAAUGCAUAAAUCCAGAUUCAACUGAGAGCUGUACUCUCAAAUAAGCUGACACAACUUAUGAACGAACAAUUUAUUUAUUUCUUCUUUGCUUCCUUAGAGUUUGAAUAUGCUUGAGGUUGCCAAACCUGAUAUGUUUUUAAUUUCUCCAAAUCUCUCUAGAGCUCAGCCAAAGUAAUGUGUUACUUUGCUUAAAAUGCUUAAAAUGAAGGUAAAUUAUAUUUUGGUCUUUAUCUACCGCAAUAAUGCAUCCAUUUACUUGAGACUAAAAAACAAAUGGCCAGUGUUUUUAAAAGUUGAAAGAACUCUCCAGAACUACUGGAAAUAUUACUUAAACUGAAAGGAAGCACAAUCAUCCUUAUGCUUCAUACAUUUGUUUGCAUGCCUUGUCAAAGGGUGUGUUUAUAUUGGUGUGUGUGAAAUGGUUUAUCUGGUUUUAGAUAGAGCUCCAGGGAGCUAAGGUGCUUAAUUGCUGUAAAGUAUGAUUGUAUGCCUAUUGGAAAAGGACUGUCAGUUUGUAUUUCCUCAGAUUGUUUUAUUUAUUACUUUAACUGAUUGUUAAAAUUGAGACAUGGGCUAACAUACACAGGCAUAAUGGUUUUAUUCAUUACUGCUUCAGGUAUCCUGUAAGGUGUGUCCAGUCCAAGGGACCCCCAGUAAUACAUGUUCCUUGCUGACUCAAGAAAUGUUCUAUUUUGCUGAUGAGUUGACUUACAAUACUAUGCAGACUAUAGGGUUUCCUGGUAUUUUACAAAGCAACAUUACACUGACAGAUAACUAAAUCCAAAGGUCAAGCAUAUCCAAUUUGAUUAGAGGGUACUCGUUUAUCAACUUUCACAUUCCGCUUCUUUUGUCCAGUUGCUGAAAAAGUCCUGCUCUGUGAAAUACCUAUUAGAACAUUAGUUUAAUCUUUGAAUGUUCUUAAAGCAAAGAGAAAAGCAAUACUGCAAUAAGCCAUACUGGUAAAACACUAUGAUGUUCCAUACUCUUGUUUCUCAGAAGUGACUGUCUUCCCCACCUUCAUCUGUACAUUAAAUCGGGUGGUAUUCUAACCAUUUUGAGAACACUCUGAAAAGGGACAGAUGUGUAUGACCUAUGGAAUAUUUUAACAAACUUUUUAUGGCCUUUCUCCUCAUUCACUGGAUGAAACUGUUUGAAUAUUUCAUAAUAAAUUUUGAUAACACCA